GUUAUCAGCGUCCCAGAAGGAGAUUUCUUCUUUGACUUUGUCAGACAUCUUACAGACUGGAUAAAGAAAGCAAGACCUGCAAAAGACGGUAUAGUGCCUUCUCUCACAUAUCAAGUGUUCUUCAUGAAAAAACUGUGGACAAACACCAUGCCUGGGAAGGAUUCAAUGGCAGACUCCAUCUUCCACUAUUAUCAGGAAUUACCAAAGUACCUGCGUGGCUACCACAAGUGUACCCGGGAAGAGGUCUUACAGCUGGCAGCUCUGAUCUACAGGGUGAAGUUUGAGGAUGACAAGUCCUACUUCCCCAGCAUCCCCAAGCUCCUGAAGGAGCUGGUGCCUCAGGAUCUUCUCCGGCAGCUCUCUCCGGACGACUGGAAAAGGUCCAUUGUGGCGUAUUUCAAUAAGCAUGCAGGCAAAACAAGAGAAGAAGCCAAGCUUGCCUUCCUGAAGAUAGUCUUCAAGUGGCCUACGUUUGGAUCCGCCUUCUUUGAAGUGAAGCAAACUACCGAGCCAAAUUACCCAGAGAUCCUUUUAAUUGCCAUCAACAAGCAUGGAGUCAGCCUCAUAGAUCCCAAAACCAAG